AUGAAUGUAGACGGUGAUCAACGACGAAUAGAAUCUCUCAAAAAGAAUGUAGUUAAUGAAUCAACAGAUGGCUACAAGUCAAAAGAAAGGGAUCUUUUGAGAUCAAAAUUCAAAGCUAAUCAAAAUGAACACCCUUAUAUUUAUGAUAGGGAAGCAAUAAAUCAAGGACAUCCUUUGAAUGGCUCUUGCUCUCAAGAAGGGUACAUUUUUGUUGAUUGUACGCCGGCUUCAAUCUUUGACAAAAAGAUUUACCGUUCAAUGAUUGAAACAGAUAAUAGAACCUCAAUCAGGCUCGGUGAAUUUAAACAAACGGGAACGUUCAUGUUUAAGGCUGGAAUUCUUAAAGUUCCCAAUGGGCUUCAGGAGUGCACAGAAAACCUUUCCGAAAUAGCGUCUAUUUUAUUGAGCCUAGAUGCUUACAGCUGUGCAAAUUAA